UCAUCAUACGCUCAGUGUUGUUGAAACGGCGCAGAGAUUCCGUCUUUUAUACCUUCGGUUUUCCUCUCACUUUGGACUUUUACGCUUCAUCUGAUGUCCGUGUGUUUAUUCUUGCUGUUCCGGUGCGGCGUGAGGCGUGAGUGACGCGGAACGCGCUGUUUUUAGUUUCUGGGGGUUUUUAUUGCGCAUAUUCAUGAACCGCCCGAAUGAACGCGGAUCAAUAAAACACUGCGAUCUGAUUGAACAUCUAAAUACAAUACUUUCAUCUGAUCAGACAUCAAUAUUAAAACACCGAGGCACACUGAGCCUUUCGACGCGUGAACACGGGCCUGUAGUCCAGAAUCCUCAACCUGAUCAGUCUGAUCGAUACAUGAUCAGUAACUGAUGCUGAGGACUACAAACAUCCUCCUGAACCUGGAGUCGCGCCCACACUGAUCUGCACAUAAUUAUAUCAGAUACACGCACCUCUAUCUUAAUACGUGAGAUCCUGAUCAGUAUGAUUUGUACUCGAUAAAUAACUGAUCAAUAACACAUGCUGAGGACCUCAAACAUCCACAUGGACCUAGAUUUACCAACACUGAUCAGCACAGAAUUACUGCACAUACACACACACCUCUUUCUGUCCAUCUCUGAGUUCCUGGUCAGCCUGAUCAAUAACUGAUGCUGAGGACCACAAACAUCCACCUGACUCUAGAUGAGACGCACGCACACUGAACUGCACAUAAUUCUAUCAGUGUGUCUCUGGGCUGGUCUGGACACACACCUGUGAGGAUGCCAUGUUUACACUAGACAGGUGUGCUCUUCCUCUGGCUGGAUGUUCUGAGCAGGUGUGUCCGAUCAGGUGAAUGUGAGACACAUACAGUCAUGCAGGCUGCGCCCUUCCAGUACGAUUUCUACAGUGAGGAGAACGCACCCAAAUGGAGGGGAUUACUGGUGCCGUCACUCAACAAGGUGUUGAAUCAGGUGCACCCAAAGCUGUCGUCCCAGCAGGAGGCGCUGCAGUACAUCGAGGGUUUGAUUCUGGUGCUGCUCAACACGCUCUGUCAGGCGCAGCCACGCACCGUACAGGAUGUGGAGGAGCGUGUGCAGAGGAGUUUCCCUCACCCCAUAGAGAAAUGGGCGAUUGCGGACGCUCAGGCUGCUAUAGAGAAGAGGAAGAGGAGGAACCCUUUAGCCCUGCCGGUGGAUAAGAUUCAUCCGCUUCUAAAGGAGGUUCUGGGCUAUAAGAUCGAUCAUCAGGUGUCCGUGUACAUCGUAGCGGUGCUGGAAUAUAUCUCAGCGGACAUACUGAAGCUGGCAGGAAAUUACGUACGAAACAUUCGCCAUUUUGAGAUCUCACAGCAGGACAUCACUGUGGCCAUGUGUGCUGAUAAGGUGUUGAUGGACAUGUUCCAUCAAGUUGAGGAGGACAUUAGUGUAUUUCCUCUCAUGGACGAGGAACCGUCGGCGUCUGAAGAACAGGCAUAUUAUGACCUGGUGAAAGCGUUCAUGGCCGAGGUACGACAGUAUUUGCGAGAUCUCAACGUCAUCAUCAAAGUGUUCCGCGAGCCAUUCGCAUCAAACACCAUGCUCUUCUCCCCUCACGACGUGGAGAACAUCUUCAGUCGAAUUGUGGACAUUCACGAAGUGACGGUGAAGCUGCUGGGCUUGAUUGAAGAUACGGUGGAGAUGACCGAUGAAGGAAGUCCUCAUCCGCUGGUGGGCAGCUGUUUUGAAGACCUCGCUGAGGAGCUGGCCUUUGACCCCUACGAGACGUACUCGCAGGACAUCCUACGCAGCGGCUUCCAUGACCACUUCCUGAGUCAGCUCUCCAAACCCGGAGCGUCCAUAUACCUGCAGUCCAUCUGUGAAGGUUUCAAAGAGGCGGUGCAGUAUGUGUUACCACGGUUACUGCUCACACCUGUGUACCACUGUCUUCAUUACUUUGAGAUUUUAAAGCAACUGGAGGAGAAGAGUGAGGAUGAGGAGGAUAAAGAGUGUUUGAAACAGGCCAUCACAGCACUGCUGAACCUACAGAGCAGCAUGGAGAGAAUCUGCUCCAAGAGUCUGGCCAAGAGACGACUCAGCGAGUCGGCGUGCCGCUUCUACAGUCAGCAGAUGAAGGGGAAGCAUCUGGCCAUCAAGAAGAUGAAUGAGAUUCAGAGGAACAUUGACGGUUGGGAGGGGAAAGACAUCGGCCAGUGUUGCAAUGAGUUUAUCAUGGAGGGAACGCUCACCAGGGUGGGUGCCAAACACGAGCGGCACAUAUUCUUGUUUGAUGGGCUGAUGAUCUGCUGCAAGUCCAACCACGGCCAGCCACGAUUACCAGGAGCCAGUGCAGCAGAAUAUCGACUCAAAGAGAAAUUCUUCAUGAGGAAGGUCCAGAUAAACGAUAAGGAUGAUAAAGAGGGUGAGUACCGUCACGCAUUUGAGAUCAUUCUGAAGGAUGGGAACAGUGUGGUGUUUGCUGCAAAAUCAGCGGAGGAGAAGAAUGGCUGGAUGGCAGCGCUGAUCUCGCUGCAGUAUCGCUCCACGCUGGAGCGCAUGCUCGACACGGCCAUGCUUCAGGAGGAGAAGGAAGAGCAGAUGAGGCUUCCAGGAGCAGAAGUGUACCACUUCGCCGAGCCAGACUCAGAGGAGAACGUUGUAUUUGAGGAGAACGUUCAGUCCAAGUCUGGCAUUCCCAUUAUCAAAGCUGGAACUGUGCUGAAACUCAUUGAGAGACUGACCUUCCACAUGUAUGCUGAUCCAAAUUUCGUCCGGACAUUUCUGACAACGUAUCGGUCAUUCUGUAAACCUCAAGAGCUGCUGGAUCUGCUCAUGGAGAGGUUUGAGAUUCCUGAACCGAAGCCCACAGAAGCAGAUCAGAUGGCUCUGGAGAACGGUGAUCAGCCACUGAGUGCAGAACUCAAACGAUUCCGCAAAGAGUUUGUGCAACCUGUACAGCUCAGGGUGUUGAAUGUGUGCAGGCACUGGGUCGAACAUCAUUUCUAUGACUUUGAGAGAGACGAGCAGUUGCUACGGCGACUGGAGGAGUUUAUCGGGAUGGUCAGAGGUAAGGCCAUGAGGAAGUGGGUGGAGUCCAUCACUAAAAUCAUCCAGAGGAAGAAACAGGCUCAAGCAAAUGGCCCAAGUCACAACAUCACAUUUGAGAGCUCACCGCCACCCAUUGAGUGGCACCUCUGUAAAGCCGGACAAACCGAUCAGUUUGACCUUAUGACCCUUCACCCCAUAGAGAUCGCCCGACAGCUCACACUCCUGGAGUCAGAAUUCUACAGAGCAGUUCAGCCGUCAGAGUUGGUCGGCAGUGUUUGGACUAAAGAAGACAAAGAGAUAAACUCACCAAACCUGCUGCGGAUGAUCCGUCACACGACUAACCUCACGCUGUGGUUCGAGAAGUGCAUCGUAGAAACGGAGAACAUGGAGGAGCGUGUGGCCGUCGUGUCACGUAUCAUCGAGAUUCUCCAGGUGUUUCAGGAACUGAAUAACUUUAAUGGCGUUCUGGAGGUGGUGAGCGCCAUGAACUCUUCUCCUGUUUACAGACUCGAUCACACGUUUGAGCAAAUCCCGAGCAGACAGAGGAAGACUCUUGAGGAAGCUCAUGAACUGAGUGAAGAUCAUUAUAAGAAGUACCUGGCCAAACUCCGAUCCAUCAACCCGCCCUGUGUGCCGUUCUUCGGCAUUUAUUUAACAAAUAUUCUGAAAACGGAGGAGGGGAAUCCAGACUUCUUAAAGAGACACGGCAAAGAGCUCAUCAACUUCAGUAAACGACGGAAAGUGGCGGAAAUCACGGGUGAAAUCCAGCAGUAUCAGAACCAGCCGUACUGCUUGCGUGUGGAGAGCGACAUACGGAAAUUCUUUGAGAAUUUGAAUCCAAUGGAUGAUAUGACUGAGAAGGAGUUUGCCGACUAUCUGUUUAACAAAUCUCUGGAGAUUGAGCCGCGUAACGCUCGCACGCUGCCGCGAUUCCUGAAGAAAUACAGCUGUCCUCUGAAGUCACCUGGUGUUCGCCCAUCCACCGUACGCCCAGGGACAAUGCGGCACCCGACACCGUUGCAGAAUGAGCCGCGUAAGAUCAGUUACAGUCGGAUCCCAGACAGCGAGACGGAGAGUAGCGCGGCGUCUGCUCCGAACUCCCCCCGCACGCCACUCACACCCCCGCCUGCAUCUGCCGCAUCCAGCUCCACUGAGAUCUGCAGUGUGUUUGACUCGCCACAGGGACCAUCAAGCCCCUUUCACUCCAGGUCGUCUUCUGUGUCAUCUAUGAUGGGUUUCCUGCGGAGUGAUGACGCUCCUGUACCUCCACCCGUCCCUCCUCGCCGCCGCCCAGAAUCUGCGCCCGCCGAGUCAUCGCCCUCCAAGAUGAUGUCAAAGCGUUUGGACAGUCCACCUGCGAUUCCUCCACGCCAACCCACCACGAAGGUUUACUCGCCGCGUUACUCGCUCACAGAGCCACCCGACAGCCCCCCCACCCUACCUCCACGGGAACCGGUGAGAACGCCGGAUGUCUUCUUGAACUCCCCCCUUCACCUGCAGCCGCCCCCGCAGGGCCGACGCUCUGAACUAAAUCAGACCUUCUUCCCCCCCUCACCCUUCAGCCCGCACCCCCCACAAACCCCGUCACCGCUGGGGCUGCGCAAACAUCUGCCCUCCCCCCCGUUGCUGCCCCUGGACUAUGACCCGCUGCAGGGAGCCACCGGACCGCCCGUACCGCCGCGACAGAGCACGUCCCAGUCGCCCAUCCCCAAACUCCCACCCAAGACCUACAAAAGGGAGUCGGCUCUCCCAUCCGUGCACCGCGAUAGCCCGCCCCUCCUGGAGAACGCGAACCCUUCGUAGAGGACGACGCACUACGGACUGCAGAACAAUGCAGAACACUCAAAGACAAUUUAAAAGCCAGUGUUGGAUCUUACCAGACAAAAAUGAAACAUAAAACAAACGAAAGCAACAAUGUGCCCUUAUAGCGUCAUUCUCAGACGACGAUUGUGUUUUCAUAAAGUGCAAAUCACGUUGAGAUUGCCUGACCCCGUUCGGGGAAUUCUGUGUAUUGUUUUGUUGUUUUAUUUGUUGUCUUUCAUGUAGCUGUUGUUUGUUUUGUCUCUGUUUCAUGUUUGAGUUCAUUUCAAUGGUUUUGUUUCUGUUUGGGCUUCUUUUCAUCCAAGUGUUUGGCUGCUUUCCCCCCCUGCACACAGCCAAACGCUAGACAAAUGAACUGAGAAAGAAACACAUAAACCUGCUGGAUAACAGACGACUGUACAGCCUCUGAACCAGCGCUUAAAACACUUAAUGACCAAUUCAAUAGUUCUCUUAACUGAGAGGACAUUUGGCACUAAGUAAGACUGUUCAAACGUUUAUUUCGAUGGGAGAGGGCCUUCACGACCAUGUCUUUGGUUUCACCUCAAUACUUUUGAAAAAGGGACUGCAGAUGCCGCUGAUGUCCUCGACUCAAGGAGAAGCGUUUGUGAGCCAGUAGACUAAUGAGUACCGAGACUUUAAGGUACCCUCGCACACCAAAGAGGUACUCAAGAAACAUUCAAGAAACACAAGUGAUUGUCCUUUAUGUGUUCAAACUUUUAUUUUCAAAAUCAUGUCUGUUUUGCCAAUAAGUAUGUAAAGAAAACAACGAUCGCCUUCUUAAACAAGGGAAUAAAAGUGUUUCUACCACUGUAACGCUGAAAUGAAAA